AUCCAAAAUGGCGUCUUCAAAUCUCAAAUCACAAUUAAAUCUUUACGCUGCAUUUUUGAAGCACAGAAAAGGAAAAUACGACCCUCACUUAGAUGGACAAAUUCAAAGCGAAGGGAAAGAAAUCUUGGAAAGUCAUGAUCCACAACAGAGAAGAURCCGUGUUAAUGGUCAUUCAAUCUUCUGGAUGGUGGCUUCAAUGUGUGUAUUCUACUAUACAGACUUUUAUAUGGCUAUUAGGAUUGAUCCACGCAUUCACAGGACCUGGCUAUUGAUAGGAGGGUGUUUAAUUGGCCUCAAUAUCCUUAUUGGUGCUUAUCUAAUCAUUUGGUGCAGUUAUAUUAAGAAGAUAAAUGACUGGGAUGAGCAAAACCCUGUUCUUAUCCCUGUUGCAACAGCUUCCUUCAUUGUUGGAUUUAUCUGUUGUACAUAUGCUUUAUGGCCAUUGUGGAGUUUUCUUACGCCUUUCAUCAAUUUCACACUUUUCAUGGGUGUUAUCUUUCUUUCGACCCUGUUACCUAUUUAACAAUGCUCAUACUCUAACAAUAUCCAAUGCAAUCCCAAGCCAGUAUGAAUCAGAGAGAGGUCUUCUCUAUUUCAACUUAUAUUUGUAUUCGCUCUUGCAUUCGGCUUAUCCAUUGUGAAAAGCAUAAAACAUAGCACUCAGGCAUUAUUGGUAUCAAUACAUGUAUAUAUUUUGAGAAUUUUCUGUGCAUUGAUUAGAAAAUCCAUGUCAAAGUGGUACACCAAGUGAUAUCACAACUAUGCAUUUUUAGCUUACGUACUCACACAUAAUGAAGAAUAAUAGCAUUUAAAGUAUUUUUGUACAAUAUUAGACACAAGUUACAGGCUGAGUGAGGUGCAGAAGUUUGACCAACGAUAAUGUAUUCACAUACUUUUAUGCACUGGCUGUUGUACAGUAAGCCUUCAUAGAAGUAUACAAAUUCAAUGUGGUCAUAUUUUGAGUCCAGUGUCGUAUUGUAAUAUUACAAUAAUGGAUGGGUAGUACAUAUGUAUUAAAAUUGUAUUUAUAGGUGGAAGUACUUAUAUGUUUUCUUAGACAUUGUGCUGCUGCCAGGCUGUGCUUAUUGAGAAUAAGUAGUUCAUAAAAAGAAGAGACAACUAGCUAAAAACUAAAUUUUACUCCUUGAAAAGAUGAAAAAACUGACGUUUGUAACGCUAUUCCUUCAUCGGAGUUAACUAUAGAAUACCCCACAAAUGAUAUGCAGUUUUUAGAACUCUUUGCAAAAUAACCAAUAUAAAAAUAAAAGUCAUUGUUAUUAUACUGUAAAUAUUUACAUAUGAAUUGCUGGGUAUUUUGUAGUUAUACCCACUACACAUAAAAAAUAUGUUUCUAAAUGCUUCCAUUCAUAUCUAUGGAGUUUUGCCUUCUAUAAAAGUUGUGAUAAUCUUGAAUAUUGUGCAUGUAAAUAGCAAAAUGUAUUUUAUUAUGCAAUAGUAGGAAAUGAUAAGUAUAUGUUAUYUUUAUUUUUAAGAUUGUAAAGCGCCAUGAGCACAGGAUAUGUGCGCUAUAUAGAUAAAGUUAUUAUUUAUGUGAUGCAUAAUGUGAUGUAAAAAUUUCAUGUAACAAUUUUUA